AUGAGUGAAUCAAUGCAAUUCUCCUCUUACUCCGAAAGUCCAUCUGAGAACACUGGAACAAGCAGCAUCAGCAGCACCAUUGCUUGCCAAGAGGAGUUUGAGACAGUUGGAGAUUUGUCAGCGAUGGACAUGGAAUGCGACAUCCAAACAGAGCGCAUCACAAAGAGUCUGGACAAGCUGGUGUACCAGACAAAGCUAGCGCUCUGCAUUCCUGCCUUGAAACGCGGUAAAAUCUUGACGAAUAUUUUAACGUCCAGAGAUUUAGACGACGUGAAGCUCAUUAUUUUGCAGUACGACGAUCCUUUUUCGUCUAAGAGUACUAUGAAUAUGAAUGCUCUUGAAGACAUGCAAGCGGGAGACAUGUCAUUGAGGAACCGUGUGAACACUGACUUAAGUAACUUGAUGUCUACUCUGUAUAGCUAUCCAGCGCUGAAGCCUCACGUGGAAAAACUUGUAGAAAACAUGAAAAGAGAUACUUUAUGCAGCAAAAACCAGAGUAUAAAAUCCUCGCCCGGUUUGAACUAUCUGCUAAAGUUGGAAGAGUUCCGCGACCUAAUGGUGCAGAGAAUGAAAACCACGGCGGCUGAAGAGAUCUCAGCGAUCAUACGCACCAGGAAACUUGAAAAACUCAACGAUGAGUCGCUAAAGAAAAUCGCAGAGGACAAAAAGUGCCUUCAGGAAGAAAAACUUGAGCACGAAAAACAAUACCGACAGAACGGGGAAGUGAUAGCUCAGCUCAAACGAGAGCUACAAGUCAACCAGCAAAAAUCUGCCGGUGUGAGGAAAAAACAGAUCCUGGAGUCUGAAAGACUAAUGGUACUAGCCACGCGAGCCCACAAGGUCAGGUACCAAAUGCUCAAAGAGGAAGAGGUAGAGAGCCGGGAGCUUUACGACAGAUCACUCAGUAACAAUAUGACGGCUGAAAAACAACUCCGGGAUCACAGAAGGAAAGUAGAAUCGCAGUUGCAGACGUGGUUGCAGAAAUACGACUUAGAAAUGUCGGCUAAGCAGAAAGAUCUGGACGAGAUCACACAGCAGUACGACGACGAGGCUAAGAAAUGCAAGGAACUGGAGCGCAAGCUAGAGAAACAGGACAAGGAGUUCUUCCCCCUAAUGGAGGAGAAGGAAAAUGAAUACCAUCAAGAGAUGACCGCCAAGUUGGACAAGUUCAUCGUCGAGCACGCCGCGAGGGUCAUACAGUACGCUUGGCGCACGACGUUGCAGAAUCGUAAUGAAAAGAAAACGUUAAUAAAGUUAAGGAGAAAAAUGGAAGCGGAGAAACAAGCGGCGGCUAAAAAAGCAGAAAUUGAAGCCAAGAAGCAAGAGCUGCUAGAUAAGAAGGAAAGAGCAAAAGAGAAGGCUGAAGCUAAAGAAGCAGCUAAAGCUGCCAAGUUAGAAGCCAAGGCUAAUAAAGAGAAAGAAGCAGGAGGAGCUCCUGCAAAAGGGCAAGCGGAAAAAUAA